AUGGAGUACACGGGCUCGUGUGCAGCUUGCCUCGCGCUCCUCGGCCCCAUGAAGCAGUUCGCCGAGAUGGGCGACCAGGGCUUCGUCGACCUCGCCACGGGUUUUUGCUCCACGCUCGGCAUCCAGGACGCCGACGUGUGCGCAGGUGCCGUCGGGACGCAGGCGCCGAUCCUCGCGCACGUCUUGCGCUCGGUCGGGCCCAGCUCGCUCGCCCUCAACAGCUUCUGCGCCAGCAUCUUUGGUCUAUGCCCACUUCCCGACACGACGCCGCACAAGGUCAACCUGUCCGACCCGCCGUUCUCGCUCUCGAGCGCGUCGUCGAGCGAGAUCCUGCCGGAACAAACGGCCCCGUUCCAGGUCGUGCACAUCUCUGACACGCACGUCGAUCGCGAGUACACAGUCGGCGCCGACGCAGACUGUCGCAAGGUCAUCUGCUGCCGCAACUAUGGGCCUCAGUCAGUCGGUGCGCACGCUCGCAAGCCAGCUGGACCGUACGGCGCCGACAAGUGUGACUCGCCGCCAGCUCUCGUCGACAGCGUCUUCCAGGCCGUCGAGCAGUUUGCGCCAAAUCGCUCUUUCACGAUCUUCACGGGCGACGCGAUGGACGACGCCGUCUGGGAGUCGUACCGCCCCAAGAUCGAGCGCGAGAUGCACAGCUGGCACGCCUCGCUGCCGACCCGCUCGUACCCGGUGUUCGGCAACCACGACGUCGCUCCCGUCAACGGCUUCCCGCGUUCGACGGCGCUCAACGCCUCGUCGGUCGACUGGGUCUACGAGCUCGCGGCGCGAGAUUGGGAAAAGUGGGUCGGGCGAGCGGCGGCAGAGCAGGUGAGGACGAUGAGCGGGUGCUACGCGACGGUCCAUCCGGGCACGAGCCUCAAGAUCAUCUCGCUCAACACGAACCUGUGGUACAAGCAAAACUUCUGGCUGUACGACUCGGACGCGCCUGUGUGGGACCCGAACGGCAUCUUGACGUGGCUCGCUCGAGAACUCGACGAGGCCGAGCAGGCCGGACAGCGCGCAUGGAUCAUCGGGCACAUGUCGUUCGGCAAGACCGACACCUUGCGCGACCAGAGCAACUACGCCGGCCAGAUCUUUCAGCGGUACCACCGGACGAUCGCGGCACACUUCUACGGGCACAGCCACCGCGACGAGUUCGAGAUCGGCUACUCGGACUACUCGGACCGCUCCCCGGCAACGGCGACCGCCAUCUCGUUCAUCGGCGGGGCACUCACACCUGCGUCCGGCAACCCCGUCUUCCGAGUGUACGACGUCGAUCCUGACACGUACGAGGUCGUCGACUUUGUGCCCAUCAUCGCCAAUCGCUCCUCGUCGACCUACCAAGCAGGCCCCGAGUGGGCGAGAUACUACUCGGCGCGCGAGAGCUACGGCGCUUUCCUCGAUCCGCCGCACCCGGCGCGCGAGCCGCUCAACGCGCGCUUCUGGCACCGCCUCACCGAGGCGUUCGAGGUCAACGAGUCCGCCUUCCAGCUGUACUUGACCAGGACGCUGCGAGGUCACCCGACGAGCGCGACCAAGUGCGACACGCCGUCGUGCAAGGCCGCCAAGCUCUGCGCACUACGCUCGAUGCGCAGCGAGGACAACUGCGUGCGUCCCUCUCGUCUCUCGGCGCUCGAGCGGCGCUCGUACUGA